AUGAAUUGUUGGAAAUUGUGGUGGCAGGAUGGCGUAACAUGGCUACUAAAUUCCCCAAAGGAAUCUUUGGCAUCUAUUUUGGCAGAUAAUGGCUACGAUGUGUGGAUUGCCAACACUCGUGGGACUAAAUACAGCAAAAAACACGAGUCACUUACACCCAUAGAUCAGGCAUACUGGGAAUGGUCAUGGGAUGAAUUGAUGGCGUAUGAUCUUACUGCUUUUGUCCAAUUUGUGCACUAUAAUACAGGAAAUAAACUGCACUAUGUUGGACAUUCCUUGGUGAAUCUCUGCUCAUUGUUGCUUCCAGGAACUUUGAUGGCUCUAGCUUCGUUUUCCAAAAAUAAGCUGUUGGACAAGAUACGAUCAGCUGCUUUGCUUUGUCCAAUUGCUCAUCUGGGUCACAUGACAUCACCUCUUGGAAGAACUGCUACUAUUUUAGACGAAGUAUUUCGAGUUUUAUUCUUCCGACAAUAUGGUCUAUAUAUUCUUCUUACAGGAAUGGUACUGGUUAGGUCUUCGUGA